CUUAAGAGUCCGACCGUCAUCAUCGUCGCUAUCGGAAUCCUAUUUACGGCCUUCUACCAGUCCCUCCACUCUUCGCCUUUCGACCACCACAGACAUCCUGGCCAACUACUGUGGGAUCUCAUCGUAACCCUCACUCCCGCCGCCCUCCUCUACGCCCUAGACGACUGGCUGAACCCGCCCAUGUUCCUGGUCUCCAAGGCUUUGCGACCACGAACCUUUACUGCGAAAAGCGAGCUGUUGAUAAAGCUACUGGGCAUGGAUCAGCCAGGAGGCGGUAUCAUCGGCUCGGUCACGAGCGCCGGAAAAAAGAGCCUGUCCACGCUGUCCGGUGCUUCUCUCCUCAAGAAGAGUGGUACCGACGCACCGGCUGGCCUGGGAAACAACGAUUACUCGUGCUUCCAGAACAGCAUCCUCCAAGGUCUAGCCUCGCUGCAGCCACUGCCAGAUUAUCUCGAGGCUGCCCGCGUAGAUGAUGCCGAAGCAGAGGCCGCUUCCAAGGAAGGCUCUGCGAGCACACUGCAGCAGCUCAUUGCUCAGCUAAUUAGCAACGACAACAAUGGCAAAACACUGUGGACCCCUGGCAAGCUCAAAUCCCUACACAGCUGGGAGCAGCAAGACGCCCAAGAGUACUAUUCCAAGCUGCUGGACGAGGUUGAAAAGGAGGUUGUGAGAGCUACCAAGGGCCAAGUCAAGCCCGCCGGCCUGGAGUCUGCCCUGCCCAAGGACGAUACAGAGAGCCAACAUAGCGAUGACAGUGGGUACCAGUCCGUCUCAACCGCCUCCAAGGCUGGUUCCGACGCAAAGAUGGUUAAGAACCCCCUCGAGGGCAUGACGGCGCAAAGGGUUGCCUGUGUGCAAUGUGGAUUCUCUGAAGGCCUUUCGUUGCAGCCCUUCAAUUGCAUCACCCUAAACCUCGGCGUCGGGACUAUGCAGCAUGAUUUGUACGAACUACUCGACUCAUACACACAGCUCGAGUCCAUCGAGCAAGUCGAAUGCAACAAGUGCACUCUGCUCAAAGCAAAGAAGCUCCUGACCAUGCUUCUCGAUCGCAUGAGUGAGCAGCCCGAGACAAAAUUGGCAGAGCCAAGGGCAAGACUAGAGGCGAUCGAGCGGGCUUUAGAAGAGGAUGAUUUCGACGAGAAGACGUUGAAAGAAAAAUGCAAAGUCACGGCACAGGUUCGAUCCAGUUCGACGAAAACGAAGCAGGUGGUCGUGGCAAGACCGCCAAGGAGCCUGGCGGUCCAUGUCAAUCGAUCAGUCUUCGACGUCAACACGGGGAACAUGUGGAAGAACCUUGCUGCAGUCAGGUUUCCCAGAACGCUCGAUCUUGGCCCCUGGUGCUUGGGAAGCGCAGACCAGUCGGCCAUAUUUCGCAAGCAUACACUGAUAGACGCCGAAAAGGAGGACCUGACGCCGGACAAGGAGACAUGGGUAUUUGAUCCCAAAUCAUCCAUGAUAUCUGGGGACCAGUAUCCUUCCAAAAUUAGCGGACCAAUCUACGAACUGCGUGCCGUGGUUACCCACCAAGGUCAGCAUGAGAACGGUCACUAUAUCUGUUACCGAAAACAUUCUGCUCGGACUGCGAAAACCCAAGACAAGUCGGAUUCGGCCACGCCGGAAGAGGACAGCAAGUCGUUCGAUGAUGAAAAGACCCUAGUAGAAACUGCCGAAAGUGAAGUGGAUGGUGACAAGUGGUGGCGCAUGAGCGACGAACAUGUUUGGGACGUGACAGAGGAAAACGUCCUUGCACAGGGUGGGGUGUUCAUGCUCUUCUACGACUGUGUAGACCCUCACUCGGUCCUAUCGUCUAGUCUUGAGAGCGGGGAC